GUGCUCCUCCUGUGAUGGUUUUCCAGGACAAUGGGGUUGUGAUGACGGCGGUCGUGAAGAAUGGAGGAGGAUUCUUGCCAAUGCUGUCGCCAGGGCCCUAGAAUAGAGCACAAGAAGCAAUCUGAUUGGUCGUGAGAUGAUGGACACCUCGGCCAGUGCGACUUUCCCUCACCGUCUCCAUGGUAAAAUCAUUUGACGCUCCGCGAAUCAUUCUCCCCUUCCGCCCUGUAUAAUACCCCAAGCUUUCCCUCUCAUCUUCUCAUCCUUUCCUUUCCUCCUUGCCUCUUCCCCCUCCCUCUUUUGCUUUCGUUUCUCUCUCUAUCUUAGUCGAGUAGACUCUCGACUUCCCCUUCGUUCACUCGGGAUCACCCUCUUUGAUAGAGAUACCAACUGCAAAUUUCCUCUGGGAGGUUUCUACAGCAGUCCGACGACACCCACACCUCGACGGUUAACUAUUUGACUCAAGUCCAAGCAGAACUUUAUAUUCUACCAUGGUUUUCAUCGCCCCUUUUAUUGGCGCCGUUGCGCUUUUCGCCGGUUAUGCCUCUGCUCUCCCCCGUCCUGACAGUGCAGUCGGGCAGGAAGUAGCUGUCUCUGCUCCUAAUGGUAUCGUUCUCUCUGAUACCGCGGAGCUUGCUUCGCAACUGGGUACCACCGCUGCAGCUGCUACCACUGCUGCAGAGGCAACCACGACUGAGGCAUCUGUUGCUGCUACGACUACUGCUGCGUACGGUGGCUCAUCGGCGUACGUGGCCUCUGCGACCGUAGCUGCGACAUCCUCUGCCUAUGCUCCCACGGUCACCUAUGGCUCUGGAAGCUCGGGUUGGGGUGACUCAAUGUCUGGUUCCGGCUACGACAGCUGUGUGCAACAAUGUGUUGCCUCUUUCGGAGCGCCUGCUGCCACUUACACGCCUUCAGCAACUGCAGCCAGUGCUGAUUCAGGUAAUGGUGGAAUGACCCACACUGUCAUCGUCGCACCUACCCAGGGUGUUCUCCGAUAUGUUCCUUUCGCUGUUAACGCCUCUGUUGGUGACACCGUCCGCUUCGUCUGGAACGCCAACAACCACACCGUGACCAAGUCCUCUCAACUCGAGCUUUGCAACAAGACUUCCGACAGUCUCUUCACCUCCGGCACUCACGAUAAGGGCUUCACCUUUGACCAGGUUGUUAACGACACGACACCCACGUUCUUCUUCUGCAACACUCCUGGACACUGUCAAAAGGGAAUGUUCGGUAUCAUUAACCCUCCCAACGCUGCUGGUGCCAACACCUCCGUCGGUAGCAUGAUGCCCUCCAUCGUCAGCAGCACCCCUGAUCUUUCCUCAAUGUACUCGUACACCAACAGCAAGACUCAAGGUGUCGCGGGUGCCAACACUUGGGGACAGAACAUCGACGUUAACAAGAUGCCCGAUUGGUCACACCAAUACAUUGCCGAGAACGUCAUGUACGCUCGUACUUUCAUGGCCCAGAACCCCGAUGUCAUUCAGCAGGACGGCUCCAUUAACAUGAGCACACCCGCUCCUCUGGUCUUCCCCGCUGACCUCUCUGCUAACAACAACGCUGCUGCUGCUCCCGGUUCCAGUGCUUCUUCUGCUGCUACCAACCCAUCAUCGACUGCAGCAUCGACAUCGGCGAGUGUUACCCCGUCAUCUCCAGUGUCGAACGGUGCGAGAUCCACUGCCGUCUCUGGCGGUGUCCUUGCCAUUGUUGCUCUCGCCGCGUCCUUCCUCGUUCUCUAAGACUAGGAAGGAUUAUCGGGUAAAGCCUGUAUAAGGCAAAGUGGCUGACGAUAGGACACUUUCACCCUGCUCUGAAUCAUUUUCUCCCUUGCAUCUGAUUCGUGAUCCCCCAUUGCUUUUUUCUUUUCGUUUUUUUUUUAUUCCAACUUGUUUGUCGUACUAUCGUACAUUACCAUCUCGCAUGCGAGGAAAGGCUUCCCCACUGCUUUGUAGGUAUCUUAUUGAUCCAGCAAUGCUAUCAUUAGAUGCCCUAUGUCUUCGACUAUUGCCGUUGUUGGGUGCCAAGGUUACAAUGUCAAGCAACAGAUGCGAAUGCAUAUGAAUAUAUAUAUGCAUGAACGACAAACGUUGAAGC